AUGGAUUCCAAGCGUGCCCUUUGCCAAAUCCAGCUGGCCUGCACUCUGGGUUUCCUAAUUGCGCUGUCCUGCCAAACAGCGCACGCAGCCAUCGCUGGCAUACCCAAUGUCGCAAUUUACAUGAGCUCAGCAAAUGGGGUUCUAGACCUUACAUGGGACGCGAGUCCGCACAGCCUUGAGCUUCAACUUCGCGGCCUUGGCUUUGUUGUCAAGGCCGCCGAUGAUGGACAGCCCAACCUGACCGGCAACGACGCCCCAGACGCGUAUGUGAUCCCAUACCAGAACGGUAACACGUUUUAUGUCUCCGCUGAGGAUAUGCGUGAGGUCGCAUCUUACGUUGCCGCCGGUGGGCUCGUCAUCCUGCUUGAUGCCGCGAGCGGCGACGGGGCCGCGCUCCGCGAUUUUGUAUCUCAGGCUCUUAGUCUUCAAGGCGACUGGUACCUUUGCAAACGGGCUGUCAAACCCAAAUCGUCUACCAAGCGUUUCGUGUUGAGCCGCCUGGGGGACAGCCUCGCGCUCACCGACUGGGCCCCAUCGUUCCUACCCGACGCUGGCCCCAACGCGGCGGCGGCGGCGAUUGAGGGUGCUGCCAGUGCCGCCGUCGCUGCCGUUGCUGCGGCCCGGUGGCCUUCCCGUCUGGAGGACUCACGCGCCGUCGACACGCUGACGCCUUGCGUGCACGAGGACUAUGCCAUGAUUACUCGGCCCUUGUACACGGUCAAAGGGGAGGAAAUGCAGGUGGCUGCCCAAGCGUUCGGCAAGGUCGGCAGCCCUGGCGCCGUGGUGUGGCUCGGUUACAGCUGGAAGGACGGGCCCCAGCCGCAAUGGGGCGCGCUGCUGAAGAAGCUCAUCACCGACUUCGAAUCAGGCGCCUACAAGACGCCGACUGAGGAGGAUGCGGCCUGGGAGCCGGUGAACCAGGGCGACCGAAUGGUGGAAGAGGCAGUGGAGCGAGUGGGUGUAGAGCCCGGGCAAAGAAGCUGA